CCUUGUGUAUGUGUUUUGUGAGUAGCCUAGUAGCACAGCUAGUAGGAAAAACUCCAUGGGUUAUUUUAAGAAGACGGGUUUUGAAUUUGUACUCAACUAAAUUUUCAAAGUUUUUUCUUUGAGUUUAUUUCCUCAAAAUUUGCAAAAUAGCUAUGACCAAAAGGUAUGGAAAUUAUCAGGGUAGUAACGAAAAGAAAAUAAAAUUAGUAGAUGAACUGUGGGACAAUGAUAUCGACGACGAGGCGCUAAAUGAAUGCUUUGAAGUUGCUAGCCAAGCUUACAAUGAAGAUAAUGCUGGACCUUCCCAGCUCCCCACAUACAACUCUUUCAGGCGGCCAAACGGACUAAUUUCAUCGACCCAAUUAAAUAAUAGUGUAUGCGUACCCUCUAAGAAAUUAUCAUUUUUUGAACUGGAACAAGAAGUUACCAAGUUGAAACAAGCAAAUGAUGAAAAACAAGGAGAAAUUAGUAUUUUAAGAAGCAAAAUAAAACAAAACAGUUCUACAGUUCAUGUUCAGCAACAAAAAACAAUCACAGAAUGGAGGGAGAAACUGCAAUCUUCAGAUAGAGAGAUCAAAGCUAUUAAAAGUCAAUUAGAUUUUAAGAAUUUAGAAAUAGGAAACCUAAAACAACAAUUAUUCGAACUAAAAAGGAUUAAUAUUGAAAUUACAAAUAAUUCACAAUAUUUAACUGCAGCUGGCAGUGUAAAGGUAAACCAAGAAAGAAGCACAACAGAUAAAAGUAGUACAAAUGUGAAAUUACCAAGCAGAGAAGCAAUUUUAGAACCUGUGUACCCCUUAAAAUACACAAAAUUAAAUUUAUUUAAUGAGAGCAAUCCAGAAAAACAUAUAAUUCAAACUUCAUUAUACAAAUUAAGUAGAAAUACAAUUCCGUAUCUACAAAACCAACAGAAUUACAAUGAAUCUUACUGUAAACACAAAUGCAUAUAUUUGAAUCAACAAAAUAGUAGUUUAAAUCAUAUUUAUCCUGAUAUAUUAAAGUUAGUGAACAGUACUGAGAAUGAAAUAAAUGGACCUGAAUGUAGCAAAUCACUAACUAAAAUUAUUUGCCUCACUAUCAAUCAUUUGAAUGAUUUAAAUGACUAUUUGAGACAGUUUUGUUUAUUUUUGAGAUCGGAAGAUGUUCAACAAGCUGAUAUGAACUAUUUGCUUUCUAAGAAAUCUGAAUGUGUUAGUUCAAAUGAUUUAUUUGAAAAUGAUGAAUUGGGAAUGAUAGCAGGAAAACUAUUAAGUUUUUUAUCCGAUGUAAUAGUAUACAGCAAAUAUAUUUGCGAAUAUUUUUGUUUUGAUGGUAAACUACAGUAUUUAGAUAAAGUUUUUGAAGAUAAAAGGUUUAUUCCGCCCCAAAAUGAUUUAAUAAGUAGUAGUGGUUAUUUUUUGUCAUUGUUACUAGAUACAAUUAAAAAUAUUGGAAAGUGUAGAAAAACCUCAGUGAUGUCUGGUUUUUUAGUUUCUGUUUGUAAUCUUUUAAUAAAUAUUGGAAUUUCAGAAAUAUACAGGUCUGGAAAGGAUAUAAACAGAGAAUUAUUAUAUAAUACUUUUAAAGAAGUAGUAUUUGUUCGUCCUGGUUUAGAAGUUCUUCUUAAAUUAACAACAUUAUUAAAAGUUUACUCACAAUCGCAUCACUUCAUUGAGUAUUUGUUUUCAAAAACUAAAAUAGAUCCUUUAGAGGUGUGUGACAAAGGAAUUUUGUACUACAAAGAAGGAUCAUGUACAUUUUGCGUUCUAAGCAUUUUGUUGCAAGAGUCUGUUUUCAAAAUGCCGCAUUUAUCUUUAGAAAUAUGCAAUAAUAUGGUUUCACUUCUUUAUAACAGCUUUAAAUAUAGUUAUUGGAUACAUCAUGAUCAUGCUCAAAUGAUAUGCACCUGCCUUCCUCAACUGUACAAAUUACAAAUAGAAUGUGUAUAUAAAACAUUGGAAAGCUUUAGAAAAGAUUUUAAAAAUAAAAAGAGAAAUUAUAACAAAUGGAAAACUUUUUUGGAAAAUCAAGUAAUGCAAAAAAUACUAAAUCUGAUUAAUUUCAAUGGUUUUGAACUUACAGAAAAAUAUGUUUUGGUGUAUUCGCAAUUUAAAGAAUGUGAGCAGAUUUUUAAGGAAGAACAUUUUGACAUAACAUUCAACACUAGUGAUGAUUUGAUAAAAAUUCCGGAAACCAGUUUCAAUAUAGAGUUCUGAAUAUUAAAUACUAUAGAACUAAAUUUUUUAUGCAUAUGGGCAAGUUUAUAUCAAUUUUAUGGAGUAAUAAUUAUACUUAAUCAUUAAUUUAUAAUCAUUCAUAAUUAGAACAAACUAUUGACAUGCUAUUUUUUAUUAAGUUAGUCAAUAUUUGUUUGCUUGUUAAUGAUAAAUUGUAAAUAAAAUUAACUUUUUACAGCAUAAACCACAGCAGUUAUUAAAUUCAUUUGAAAAUAAAAGAGCAAUAUUAAAUU